AUGACAUGGAUAUUGUUCGCAGCAUUGGAUCAAAGCGGUCCCAUGCCAUUCAUUUGUCCUGCUCCCCAGCCAAUCCGGCGCUGUUCCGAAGCAUUCCGGGCGGAACGCGGGGUCACAGACCAACACAGCCGCUGCUUCACCGCUGUUGCCAUCACCACCACCAUCUGCAUCAUCAACAUUUGUGCACGAGGAAAGGGGGUUGUUGAGGCCAAGCUCCCGGAUAUGAAACACCAGCCCGUUGCAGGCCAGGUACCUCUGAGCCUACGACCCACGAUAUGGUACAACGCCGGUGCAGGGAUAUGGGACACAGCAGGCUGGUGGAACGGCGCCAACAUAAUGACCAUGGUUGGCAACCUUGCCAAAGCUGAUCCCACCAAUGGACGAUUACAAAGCCUUGCAACCAGAAUCUUCGCAAACACGCUUGUGCAGGCACCAAGUCGUAACCCGCAACCCGGCAUUGAAAGAGAAGCAUUACGCAGAAGAGAACUAGACGGAGAAGAUGGCACCUUCGCCGUCUUCAACGGCACAGGCUUUGAAAGCGGCUAUACGAAAUCUCUCCUCCCCAUUACCAAUGAACCAAAGACCUCAUAUCCAUCGUCCUGGCACGACCCGGCCCCUUAUAUUGACGUCAAUAGCCUGCCAAUAUUCCAGUCCAAAGCCGAAGCUAAAGAUGGCAGCCAAGAGGUCCUUGCCACUUCUCUGAACCCGGACGACUGGCUCGACGGUUUCUACGACGACGACCUCUGGUGGGCCCUAGCCUGGAUAAACGCGUACGACCUGACCCAGGAUCGCUCGUACCUUACCCUUGCCGAAGGCAUCUUUGGCGCCGUCUCAAAAGUCUGGCCUACACGCUGUUUCAACGGCGGAAUCUACUGGAGUUGGGAGCGUGACUAUAUGAACGCCAUUGCGAACGAGCUCUUCAUGAGUACAGCUGCGCAUCUGGCAAACCGUGUUUCUGCGGAUAAAAAAGCUGGGUAUGUAGACUGGGCUCGCCGGACGCUGGCCUGGUUUCUGAGAAGCGGAAUGAUGAACGAGAAGGGGACGAUCAACGAUGGAUUGAAUGAUAAUUGCGAGAAUAACGGAGCAACAGUGUGGAGCUACAAUCAAGGCGUCAUCCUCGGCGCACUGGUUGAACUCCAACGCGCAGCUCCAGAUCCCACAUACAUUCCCCUCGCAACCCGCAUCGCCAAAGCCGCACUCAGCGAAUUAUCAGACGAAAAUGGCGUCAUUCACGAUCGAUGUGAACCUGGGUGCGGAGCCGACGGGAACCAGUUCAAAGGAAUCUUUAUGCGCAAUUUACAGGCGCUACACCAGCUCGCGCCAGAUCCGGUGUAUGUGGAUGCAGUGGGCAGGAAUUCAGAGAGCAUAUGGAGGAAUGAUAGAGGGGGAGACAUGGGAGUUGUCUUUGGGGUGAAUUGGGCGGGGCCUUAUGCUGGGCCCCCGAACGCAACGAUGCAGAGUAGUGCUAUGGAUGCACUUGUCGCUGGGAUACUUAUCGACGCAGAUGUGUCUCAGGGCAGCAAACGGGGUGCAUCACACUUUACAAAAGCCAUUCACCGCGCCACAAACGAAGCUUUGUUAAAAAGCUCGAAUCCAAUUGCGCGACUGCACUCCAGCACUGGGCCAAGUCAUCUUUCUGGAUAUACGACUCGCUACUCGCUACUCACUGCGAUGUCAUCCAACCGUGCCUUUUCCCCUUCGGAUCGCCUGGAACCAGAUAGCUCUGUGGACCGCGGCGCCAAUACCAGCAAGGAUGGUCAUACGCCAGCUAUACAGAGCUCGAAUCUUCAAAGCGUAAGCACUAUCGAAAAUGAGGAGACUGGGGAAAAAUACGAAAAAGAGUUGGGCCACCAGAAAGCAGACGUGACCGAGGAAGGUAGUGAGAGCGAAAGACACGAUGAGCGCAGCCAAAGAGUCGAUGCAAACGACGAGGCCAGGGCAAAGGAGGCGUCAACUGCAAAGGUCAUUGAUGAGGAGAAGGGAAAAGACGCGGGAUCCACCUCAGACGACGAUAGUGAGAUUAUACCCACCAAAAUUGACAAGGGCAAAGGAACGGCGCGGGCUCAUGAGCAAACACCUCAACCAACAACAGUAGACAGAUCAGUCGUCGAGGAGUCCUCGGACGAUGAGGGCAUGACUGGCAAGCACCAAAAUGCAGGAUGGCGCAGUCACAUGGCUAAGCUUGCACACGAGAAAGCCCAACGAACGCGGGACCGCCGUACAGCACUCCAACUCGAGGCCGAAUUAAAAGCAAAACUCAGAACCAAAUCCAAAGACAGGGCUGAAGCGGAAGUCGACACGGAGGCAUCCGACAAGAAAAGACAGAGAAGGAGUGUUGGGGAAGCUUCAUCAACGGCAAAGCUCUCUCAACGAGCAAUACUCCCUUCGAUAAGUGCCCUGGAAUCCAGCAACAGACUGGAAGAAUUCAUGACCAUGCCGCGAAGAAUUGGUAGAGAGAAUGCCCCAUUUGUACCCACGCAGACGCCCAUCACAGAAUCUACGAAUACACUACCAGACAUCUACUCGCAACUCCACUCAGCAGCGAACUCAUCAUCACACACGGAUCCCCAAAACGAGACCUUCACGCCGCCUCCCCCCCGCCCACCCCCCGCAAAUACAACACCCCAAGCCCAUCUACCCUCCACCCGCCGCAACCCAUCUCCCCGCCGCAUCCUCCCCAACCCACGCCCGCCAGCCCUCCCCGGCUACCCCCUCUCCUCACACUACAUCGCCACGCACCCGCACCCGCCCCACCCCGAAAUCUUCGCCCGCAUCUUCGACAUCUCGCGACGUCCCUACAUAGCCUCUGAAGACCCCUCGCGCUUCAUCCCCGCACCCCGCACCCCUUCUCUCCCGCCUCCUGUGCCCCCCGUCGCAGUCGAUGCUCGAGUGCGCCGGAACGGACGACGUCGGGCUGUGAGUACGCAGAGGCCGGAGCUGGGUGUAGAAAAACGGGAUGGUGUGGUUCAGCGCCCGAGUGUGUACUUGGAAUAUCGUCCCGAGACUGGGCAGUUUAGACCGCGUCCUGUUACCGGUAUGCGAGUAUCACAACGGGGCUCCCGUGGGGGAUCUGAUACACACUCCACGCGGCGUGAAUCUGUUGGGCUGGGUACGCCUGGUGUUCCAGCACCCGGUGUUGAUUCUAGGGCGGUGAGGGGGUAUGUACCUGGGACGGCGGUGUUGCAUCCCGUUGGUAGUAUGAUUGCCGCUGCGGGGAGGGCUGGGGAGAGCGCGGGUUUAGGUGGUGGUGAGGGUAGUAGAGUGGGGCGUGGGAUGAUUGAGGAUGUGUGGAGAGGCUCAGCGCCGAGGAGGCGGAGUAGCGAGGGUACGACGCGGUUGCGUGUGGAGGGAACGGGUGCGGAGGAGCGAGAUCAGGGCUAUGGUGGUCGGGGUGUUGGACCGUCUGCCUGGCUAGUACAAGCUCGGUCUCAAGUUCCCCAUGGUGCUGUGCACUCCAUGCUUGCACCACCUGCUAUACACUCGGAAGCCAUGUAUCGCUCUAUGCCAGCAUCGCAGAAUUCAACACUCGGUGCUGGGAAUUGGGUUUGGGUCCCCAGUCCCAAUCCCGCUGCGGUUGGGCCAUUGGUAUCGGCAUCAGUUCCAGCUUGGAAUUCUGGAAAUAAUACCCGUAUCCUUCCCCCGCCAGGAUAUACUCAAGCAUACCAUAACCCCCAGCCAGGAUAUACUCAAGCAUACCAUAACCCCCAGCCAGGACAUGCUCAAGCAUACCAUACCCCCCAACCAUACCAUCCCGCAUACUCGGCCCCAACCCUCCCCUUCCCCCCUCCAAUUCCAAGACCAAGACCAAGUCCAUCCAUCCACCACCCCAGGAUACCGAUACCGCCUACACCGCGACCAACAGCGCCUGUGCCGACUGCUCUCGCUGUGGCGUCUCAGGCUGAGGAUAAGGGGAAUUCUGCGUCUACUGCUAUUGUGAUAUCGUCUUCGCUAUCGGAUUCGGAUUAG